AUGCCCCGCGCGAGGUGCGAGCUCUCGGACCAUGACCUGCAGGCCAUCGUGCUCGAGCACGUCGCCGAGGUCGAGGCGAUGAAGACGGAGCAGGGCGAUGCAGAGUACACAAUCAAGAACAACAUGGGCUUGAUGGGGUCUCUGAUGAGCGUCGCCCGCAGGGUGGGUCACGUGCCGCUUACCAAGGCUAUCUUGGCCAAGACGGUGCUCGCGAAGGAGCAGGCGCAGAAGCACGGGAAAGCGAUUUCGUACGCUGUGAGUUACGUGUGCGCCAAGGAGCGCAACAUGGCGACAGCGCCUGCGAGAUCCUCGUCGUGCGCGGACAUCUACAGCGCGCGCGGGCGCGGCUCGCCGCGCAGGCUCGUGGCCAAGACGCCCGAGAAGAAGAAGGGGGCGCCGGCCUGCGUGGACUUGGACACAUCCACUUUGAAGGGGCACGUUGACUAUGAUGCCUUCGUGUACGUUAUCGAGGACGCUUCGGGGAGGCGCGAGUACCCUCUGGCGCGCGGCGACAGAGGCUUCUGCAUGGCGGGCCUCGGAGGCGGCGGGAUGGCCCACGUGCACACAGAGAUGCCGAAUCUCCUGCUCGACGAGAAGGAGAAGAUGCUGGCCAAGCGGGCUUCCAGGGAUAAAGCCAAGGCGGCCGCCAAGGCCAGGGCCGAGUGCAAGAAGAAAACAAUGAAGACUGCGUUGAAAAGGCCAGCUGGCUACGGCGCCCACUACGUGGAGAUGUGCUACAAGGCGUCCUGCAGCAUCGCCGUGCGCCAGAAGUCCGAGCCGAAGCGGCAGGUGGCAUCCAGCGGGGGCGCCCGCUACAAGGACUGCGACGUGGAUGCCAUGCGGGCCGUCGGCCGCGAAGCAGUGGCCUUGAUGGGCAAGGGCGAGCUUGGCGAGGAUGGCGCAGCGUCGUGGAUGACCAGGGGGCUGACAGAGAAGUUCGGGAAGUGA